GCCAGGCGUCUGGCGUGCGCCACCGUAGUAACUCUUCGAACUACACUUCCCGGCUUUCCCCCGUGCAGCCCGUGACACUCCUUGGAGCAAGAGCGCGGAGUUGGGUAUCUACUGCUGUGCCUCUCUUGCUCGGACCCGGCCCUGGACCCGGCCCCGGACUCCGACAAGGCUCCACCAUGGAGGAGGCGGACCGAAUCCUCAUCCAUUCCCUGCGCCAGGCUGGCACGGCAGUUCCACCAGAUGUGCAGACUCUGCGAGCCUUCACCACUGAGCUGGUUGUAGAAGCUGUGGUCCGUUGCCUGCGUGUGAUCAAUCCUACUGUGGGCUCUGGCCUCAGUCACCUGCUGCCUCUUGCUAUGUCUGCCCGGUUUCGCCUGGCCAUGAGCCUGGCUCAGGCCUGCAUGGACCUGGGCUAUCCAUUGGAGCUUGGCUAUCAGAACUUCCUCUACCCCAGUGAGCCUGACCUCCGGGACCUGCUUCUCUUCUUGGCUGAGCGUCUGCCCACGGAUGCCUCUGAGGAUGCAGACCAGCCUGCAGGUGACUCAGCUAUCCUUCUGCGGGCUAUUGGGAGCCAGAUCCGGGACCAACUGGCUCUGCCCUGGGUCCCACCCCUCCUUCGCACUCCCAAGCUGCAGCAGCUCCAGGGCUCCACCUCCCAGAAACCUUUCCACACUAGUAGGCUGGUCAUGCCAGAGUUGACUUCCAGAGGAGAAUCCCGGGAGUUCCAGGCCAGUCCCUUGCUACUGCCAGCCCCCACCCAGGUGUCCCAGCCUGCUGAGAGGGUAGCCUCACUCCUCGAACGCCACGCCGUCCAGCUUUGCCAGCACGCGGGCCGGGAGCGCCCUGGUGAUGAGGACUGGGUCCACCGGGCAGCCCGGCUCCCUGCCCAGGAGGACACCCGGGCACAGCGGCAGCGUCUGCACAAGAUUCUGGCUGAGCAGCUGCGCCAGACCUGGGAUCGGCUGGGGGCACCCCCUCCUGCCCGAGACCUGGGAGAGCUGCUGCAGGCCUGGGGUGCUGGGGCCAGGACUGAUGCUCCUAAGGGCUCCCGCUUCACGCAUUCAGAGAAGUUCACCUUCCAUCUGGAGCCCGAGGUGCAGGCACCCCAGGUGUCAGAUGUGCCAGCUCCCUCCCAGCGGCCUGAACUGGACAUGCGGGCCGCUCAAGAGCAGGAGCUGGAGUCCCUUCGGGAGCAGCUGGAGGGCGUAAACCACAAUAUUGAAGAGGUUGAGGCCGACAUGAAGACGCUGGGGAUCAGCCUCAUGCAGGUGGAGACUGAGCGUCGUCAGAGCGAGCUCAGCACGGCAGAGCACGAGCAGGCCCUGCGUCUGAAGAGCCGGGCGGUAGAGCUGCUGCCCGAUGGGGCUGCCAACCUCGCCAAACUACAGCUCGUGGUAGAGAGUAGUGCCCAGCGGGUCAUCCACUUGGCGGGUCAGUGGGAAAAGCACCGGGUCCCACUCCUUGCUGAGUACCGCCACCUUCGGAAGCUCCAGGAUUGCAGAGAGCUGGAAUCUUCUCGACGGCUGGCAGAGAUCCAAGAGCUGCACCAGAGCGUCCGGGCAGCUGCUGAAGAGGCUCGCAGGAAGGAGGAGGUCUACAAGCAGUUGGUGUCAGAGCUUGAGACCCUGCCCAGAGAUGUGUCCCGGCUGGCCUAUACCCAGCGCAUCCUGGAGAUUGUGGGCAACAUCCGGAAGCAGAAGGAAGAGAUCACUAAGAUCUUGUCUGACACAAAGGAACUUCAGAAGGAAAUCAAUUCCCUGUCUGGAAAGCUGGACCGGACAUUUGCAGUGACUGAUGAACUCGUGUUCAAGGAUGCCAAGAAGGAUGAUGCUGUUCGGAAGGCCUACAAGUAUCUAGCUGCCUUGCAUGAGAACUGUAGUCAGCUCAUCCAGACCAUUGAGGACACAGGCACCAUCAUGCGGGAGGUUCGGGACUUGGAGGAGCAGAUUGAGACGGAGAUGGGCAAGAAGACCCUCAGCAAUCUGGAGAAGAUCCAAGAGGACUACCGAGCCCUUCGCCAGGAGAAUGCUGGCCUCCUGGGGCGGGUCCGUGAGGCCUGAGGACUCCCCAGCAGAGGUCUCUCCCCGGCCUUAGGCAGGAAUUUGGGGUGUUGAAGACACUAGCCAACGCUUGCCGUAACCAUUCCCUCGUUUGCUGUCCAGUUUUGCCUCCUGUGGCCUUAGACCCGGACCCCUGCCCACCUGCCCACAACCCUUCUCUGGGGUGACCGUCCAGAGUGUGGGAACUUGGAUGUAGUUUAUUGGGGAGGGCAAUGGGGAUUGGGGCUUUGGAUCCCAAAUAAAUGAGGGCUCUGUAUGCAGUCUAA